CUGAGCGCCCCCGCCCCCGCCCGCCUUCUUGCCCCGAAUGAAAACCAGGGGAUUCGGGGAAAAGCGACGGGAAGACGGACCGUGGAGGGAGAAAUCCCGAUGGAUUAGCCUGCCUUCCGCCUCGGGCUGUUCUCCGCCGCUUGGUUUCGUUUCUGUGCGCACAAAUCAGUGCGUUUCAAUGCGUCGGUGUCCGGGUUUGACUGGGGGAUCAAACUCCGCGGCAGCCUGAGUCUGACCGCGGUCGGUUAGCACAACUCAGCCAAAGUUAGCCCACUCCGGCUAACUUUGGCCGCUGCGGCUACUUACCGCAGUGGUGUUAACUUAACGGGAGUUACGACGUGAAGUUACGAGUUAUGUCUCAUCACGAGAUUAACUUCACCGACGGAUGAGACUGAAGUGGGCUACGGGAGCUACAAGAGCGAGCCACACCACCGCCGCGAUGCGCGGCUCGACUCUCGGCUCCGGCAGCCCGUCCGAGUGGCGAGGCUGGCGGCGCUCGGUGCCGCGGAGGCUGGGGGGCUUCUUCUUCCUGCUGCUGCUGCUGCUGCUGGAGGGCGCGGGCUGCCUGGCCAACCCGGGCGUCUACCCCCACAACAAGCCGGCGGUCAACAUUUAUAUGAGCGUGGAGGAGGUGAAGAAGCUGCUGGGUCUAGAUGCAGAGCUCUACUAUGUACGGGACGACACCGUGAACCAUUGUGCGCUGUCUUUCAACAUGCCAGUUCCCACUGAGACCAACAGCCUUUUCUUCACGUGGUACUCCAGGACCAAGGUUGACUAUCAUCUGGCAUUCCAUGUUGAGAACCCUGUUGCCCUCAUCCAGCCAACAUGCAACACCAGCAUUCAGGGGGAGCUGCCCCGUCUUCCUUCUGUUUUCAAAGUGGACAUCAUCUGUUCGGGGAGAGUGGAUGAAGAGGCCUUCCUAACAAUGCAGCUCAAUCUCACCAACCAGGCCAACAAUUAUACAGUGCUCAACUUCAAGAGGAGGAAAAUGUGCUACAAAAACCUAGGGGUUCCCAUUCCCCUCAACAACAACACCGCUCCUCCAUUUGACAGUACCGUAAAGAAUUUUGCCCCGCCCACCACCUCCACGCAGGUGUUUUAUAUAAGCGUCAGCGUCUGCUGCAUCGUCAUCUUCCUGGUAGCCAUCAUCCUGGCCAUCCUUCACCUGCACAGCAUGAAGCGAGUGGAGAUGGAGGACAGUGUGAGUGACAGCGGAAGCUCGCAGGGCCUGUCGCAGCCGUCCACCCAGACCACCCAGUACCUGAGGGCCGACACUCCCAACAACGCCGCUCCGCUCUCCAACCCUGGUUCUGCACCCAUCCUCCAGCUUGCCUCCUCCUCCUUCCAAAGCCCCGGUGCUGCUCCUCAUGAGAACAGAAGCUAUCCGUCUCUGCGCAUCGAGAAGAACGACCUGAGGAGUGUGACUCUAAUGGAGGCCAAGGCUAAAGUCAAGGACAUUGCGCUCUCCAGAGAGAGAGUGACGCUGAAAGAUGUCUUACAUGAAGGCACAUUUGGACGCAUCUUCCACGGCGUGCUGCUGGAUGAGAAGGACCCCACCAAGGAAAAGGAAGUCUUUGUGAAAACAGUCAAAGAUCAUGCCUCUGAGGUGCAGGUGACCAUGAUGCUGACUGAAAGCUGCAAACUUAGGGGACUCCAUCACAGAAAUCUGCUGCCCAUCAGUCACGUGUGCAUCGAGGACGGGGAGAAGCCCAUGGUGCUGCUGCCUUUCAUGGCGUGGGGAAAUCUCAAACUCUUCCUGCGGCAGUGCAAGCUGGCAGAGGCGAACAACCCUCAGGCCAUCUCUCAACAGGACUUGGUUUACAUGGCCAUCCAGAUCGCCUGUGGAAUGAGCUACCUUGCACGCAGGGAGGUCAUACACAAAGACCUGGCUGCGAGGAACUGCGUCAUUGACGACAGCAUGCAGGUGAAGAUUACAGAUAACGCCCUGGCUCGAGAUCUAUUUCCCAUGGAUUACCACUGUUUGGGGGACAAUGAGAACCGACCCGUUCGUUGGAUGGCCCUGGAAAGCUUGCUCAACAACGAUUUCUCCAGUGCCAGUGAUGUGUGGGCUUUCGGAGUGACGCUGUGGGAACUCAUGACUCUGGGCCAGACCCCCUACAUGGACAUCGACCCUUUUGAGAUGUCUGCCUACCUGAAAGACGGCUACAGGAUAGCCCAACCCAUCAACUGUCCUGAUGAGCUGUUUGCGGUGAUGGCUUGUUGCUGGGCUCUGGACCCCGAGGAGAGGCCCAAGUUUCAGCAGCUCGUUCAGUGUCUGACGGAGUUUCAUGCGGCGCUGGGGGCCUAUGUGUGACAACGGCCGGAGAACAUAUAGAACUGUGCCUUAUCAGUGGCAGGAGCACACUUAAGCCUGAUGAUUUUACCUUGUACAGGUCUCACUGACUUCUUUUAGUGAAAUGGACUUUUGUUUUAGAGAAUGAAACAUAUUCUUGUUUGUUGAAGCCAAAGCAUCUUCUGUCCCUCAGAGGACAGGGAGCACAGACGGAUGCCUCCUGACUGUUUUUGUGCCACACAGUUGUUUUUGUAAGAAAUCCCAACGCCGUCUCCUGUUCCAGAACAUCCUCACACUGUCCGGUGUGGACUCGCUUUCCAGCAGAACAAUCCGGGUUUCAAAGUGGACUGGAAGCACGAGAGGCAGCUCCGCACGGACCGUGCACUAGGGUCAAACGGUACAGCGGUUUCCUCCACCACAGACGGCCUGGCUCCAGUUUUUAUCUGCUGUGUCAGCACACAUCUUUGUCCUUUAUUGCAGAGUCUUUGUCCUGAACCUCCUCAGUUUUUGUGCGGGUUCAGUUCGAAGACGGCUGGUUUACUGAUCCCUGUGAAAACACUGCCUUCCAGCUGGCUCCAGUGGUUUUCUUUCACCUGUAGCAUCUUUGUGAUGUGUUUUAUGAUCACUGCAUGUUGAAAAACGGCUGUAAACUGUUUCCUGUUGUCAUAUCCACAAAAUAAAGGCGGUAUUUUAAAUGCA